AUGGCUUCCGCCUCUCCAUUCUUCUCGUUGCAACACGCACUUAAUAUGGCCUUCGAUGUUUGGUGUAAUAAGACCAAUAUCCAUUCUUGGCUGAUAGCACUCAAUGCUCACACCAAUAUCUGUGAAAAGUCUCCUUUCUCACAUGCAUUCUACACUAAUGCCCCAUCUUCUGCUAUGUAUUCUAGUCUAGACGAGAUAUAUGCAUCAAGCGUGCAGUAUUUGCAAAGGUUUGGGUUUCUAUAUUUUGCAACAACAUCUGACUGGGAUGGUGAUUCUAUAUUAUUAGAUCUGAAGACGAGCGUAAAAAACAAGCCAGCUUGUGAGUUUGAAUGGGCACGUCGAAAACAAUUCAUUAUCAUAGAGUGA